AUGUCAAAUUAUAAUAUUAAAAAAAAUGAUAAGAAUGAAAUUAUGAAGAAAUGCAUAAAAGAUGUACAAAAAAAUAAGAAAAAUUUUUCUCACACUGAGAAGAUGGAUUUCUCGGCUGACAAAAAGUUUAGUUUUGAAAGACUUUCUAAAGAAGAAGAGAAGGCUAUAAAUAAUUUAGUUGCAAUGUCAAGACUUUCUAGUGGGUUUAAAAGAUCAAAUAUACCAUCUGUAGAAUUUAUUCGGAAUACUCUAAAGUGUAAAAGUUGUAUGAGCUCAUAUAGUCCUACUACCAUUCAAAUGUUAAUUUAUUGCGGAUACUAUGGAGAUUUUAGAAUGAUGUUUGAUCAGCAAUUUGUUAAUAAUUUAAAUUGCAUUAAUUAUAAAAAUAAUAGUGUUAUAAAAAGUGUAGAUGAAACUAAAAAGGAUUCUUUGUCUUCUGAAAAUAAGUUAAAGAAUAAUUAUGUUGAUAAUAGUAAUAAUCAGAAAAUAAUAUCUAAAACAUCAAACAAACAUUUAAAUUCUUCGCAAUCAAUUUCGUCUAGUGACAGAUAUCAAUUAAGCACACAACAACAGCUUUUUGAGUUGCGGAAAAAUUCGCUUAAAAAUAAAAAUUUAGUUGAUUUUGAAAAAAAUAAGGAAGAAUGUAAGGAUAAUUUAUCAGUAAAAAAUUUUGAAAAUAAAGAAAAUGGGACUGGAGAUUUUACAAAUUCAACACUAAGUGAUUUUAUUACUCUAAAAGAUAUUUCUAAUCCUGAAGACACACCUUCUAUCAAAUCAGAAGGAAUUAGUCUUCUUGAGAAUAACAUUAAAAUUGUACAUGAUAAAGAAAAAGGAGUAUCUCAGUUUUAUUGCAAAUUUUGUGACAGUAAUUUUACUAGUAAAAAUGGAUUAAAUUAUCACAUAAAAUAUGUGCACACUGUAGAAAAAUCAAAAGUUAUAAAACCCUUUACUUGUCCUUUUAAAAAGUGUAAUAAAAAAUACAAAAAUAAAAAUGGAUUGUAUUAUCAUUUAACACAUCGACACCACGAUGAAGUUGAUGAUGUAGAUGCUUUAUUUGCAAUGUGUAUGGUAAAUAAAAAAAAAUAA